AUGAAAAUCCAUCACCUCAUCAAUAUUUCUCACUAUUUGCUCCUUUCGUUGUGCUUAUUGGGUAUUGGACUUGCAACCAGUACUGAUGUGAAAGCGAAAUCAAUAAGCAUUGAGGAAGAAAGGAAAGCACUUGUGAGCUUCAGACAAGAUCUUACUGAUCCGUCUGGUAGGCUUUCUUCUUGGGUGGGUCAUGAUUGCUGCCGUUGGGAAGGGAUUUCAUGCAACAACUGCACCGGUCAUGUUUCCCAGAUCGAUCUCCGCAAUCCAUAUCCAUAUGUCUGGUAUGAUGAAGAGUGGGACAAGUUGGCUUAUAACAAGUCUUGCUUGGGGGGAAACAACUCUGAGAUUAACUUGGAAAUCUCAAAUCUCUUGAAUACCUAG